CCUGUACAACUGUUCGUCGCGAACGGGGAAGACGCCGCAGUCUGAUCCGCCGUGCUCAGAUCUCCCUCCGACUCCCGAGUACAAAGACGACGACGGCCGGCUCCGGCGGCUUCUCCACGGUGAGACUGCGCCUGUGCGGUGGUCUUCCAUAUCCCCGUUCCAUAUUGUUGUCAGAGGCUCGGAGCAGAACUAAUCUAAGUGUUGGUGCAAAUGGCAAGUACAGCAUGCUUCGUGAUUGUUAGUAAGAAUGACAUCCCGAUCUAUGAGGCAGAAGUUGGAUCCGCACCAAAAAAAGAAGAUUUGUCUUAUCACCAUCAGUUUAUCCUGCAUGCUGCGUUAGAUGUCGUUCAGGACCUAGCAUGGACCACAAAUGCAAUGUUCCUGAAGUCAGUUGAUAGAUUCAAUGACCUUGUAGUGUCUGUUUAUGUAACUGCAGGUCAUACUAGAUUCAUGUUGCUUCAUGAUUCACGUAGUGAAGAUGGAAUAAAAAGCUUUUUUCAAGAGGUUCAUGAACUUUACAUCAAGAUAUUCCUCAAUCCCCUUCACCUGCCUGGCUCUCGCAUCACCUCCUCUCAUUUUGAUACCAAGGUCAGGGCUCUUGCCAGGAAGUAUCUGUAGUGGACGGUCAUGGAGAGGUUCCAUAAGCUUCACAUAUGGAUGACGUAGAAGCGGGCUGCUGAAGAGGCAAACACUUCGUUUCGGAGUCGAUUCUUUUCCUGUCUCGUCACUACAUGACUCCUUUCAUCUAUACAUCUCAUAAGUCGGAGCUUCCUAUAAAUUUUUCUUGGGCUUUGGCCUUGUGAUAUAUGACUUCUGAAUCAUUUUUUUUUUUGCGUGGAAUAUAUGACUUAUGAAUCAUGGCUUUGAAUUUA